UAUUCAUUUGCAACGUGUUUCAAUGGAAAGUUUGCUGCGGAUGUUCGGACCACCGGAACUCGGAUGGAAUCCGGAAACUCCUUCGGGUUGGACCAGAUUUCCACCGGGACCGGCGUUCCGAAAAAUGACCAUUUUAUGGAAAUGUAUGUACGCCAUGGAUAUGACGGACGGCAACCUACACUCCGUUCGACGGAGCAGGUGGAACGGCAGUUUGAUUCUUCUGGAUUUUCAGGAAUUGCAACGGGACUGGAUUUUAGCAGAGACAAAGUUACAGGCAAAGACCUCAACAACCGCUCUUGUUGCUUCCGUGUACCAGAAACCGUUGCGCCACGGAGAACCAAUUCAUGUUCCAGCUCGUCUACUGUGAGAUGGGCACCGUUCAUCGGCUGGUACUGGAGAAGCAGAUGUGCCAUUUCCAUUUCGUGGAAUUGCUCAGUGGAAGACAUGAAUAUGGACGAUAAAAGAACACAGCUGAUAUUCAACUGAAAACCCAAUUAAACUCAACUACACUUGUACACAAAACUCAAUGGUUUUAAUUCAAACUGCCUGGUUUACCGUAGAUUUAGUUCAGCAAAUGUUUAAUGUAAGGAA